AUGCCCUCAUCCUCACUAGCCGAUUACCUCGCGAAGAACUAUCUAACCGCGGAUCCCGCCACCGAGAGACCAAAAAAGAAGCGCAAGAAGACCAAGGAAAUCGACACCGCCGCGCAAGGCCUGAUCAUUGCUGAUGACGACCCGCCCGAUCUCAAGAGCUCCGCGGCGAACUUUAUGAACGAUGACGAGGAUGUCGAAUUGGAAGACUCUAGCGGUGCCGGGAACGAGCAGGACGCUGCGGAUGCGAUUAUCGCGUCAGCUGCGGCUGAGAAUGCGGCGCGGAGGAAUGAAGGGGGGGAUGAUGAUGCGCCUGCUGUGGUUGAGGGGGAGGAUGAGGAUGAUGGGGCGAUGAGGAUGGAGUCUGGUGCGAGGGCGGGUCUACAGACUGCGGCGCAGACGGCUGCGAUGGUUGCUGCGCAGGAACGGCGGAAGAAGGUCGAGGCGGCCCUGUAUAAGGAUAGUCCGGCAGGGGGACAAGCGCAGGAGACGAUUUAUCGUGAUGCGUCUGGACGAAUCAUUAAUGUGGCUAUGAAACGGGCGGAGGCGCGCAAGGCGGAGCAGGAGAAGCUGGAGAAGGAGGAACAGGCGAAGGAGGCGCUGAUGGGCGAUGUCCAGCGGCAAGAACGAGAGAAACGUCGAGAGCAGCUUCAGGAAGCGCGGGCGAUGCCUGUUGCCCGGACGGUCGAUGAUGAGGAUAUGAAUGAUGAGUUACGGGCCCGACAGCGGUGGAAUGACCCGGCUGCACAAUUCUUGACCAACAAGGGUCCUGGGAAGAGUGCAACUGGGAAGCCUUUAUACAAGGGAGCUUUCCAGCCGAAUCGCUACGGACUCAGGCCGGGGCAUCGGUGGGAUGGAGUGGACCGCAGUAAUGGGUUCGAGAAAGAGUGGUUUGCAGCUAGGAAUCGGAAGGGAAGAUUGGAGGCGCUGGAUUACCAAUGGCAGAUGGAUGAGUGA